AUGGCAGAACCAAGAGAGGUCGACAGCGAGGUGAUAAUCAAUACACAAAGGGAAACAGAUGGUAUAGACGAAUAUGCAUCUUUGGAUUCUGUAUCCGAGGCCGGGUCCACGGACCACAUCACACUGGAUGAUCUGCAAGGGGAAGCUUUAUUAAUUAAAGAGACAGAAACGGUAAAAGCGCGCACCAUUACGCCGUGGGAGCAAAAAAAACUAGACUGGAGCAAAGGUAACUUUCACGUUAACGGAUAUGAACGAUGUAACACGUAUACACAGUUCAAAGGCGAGAAAAGUGACGCCACUAACCGUGUUGAACAGAAGCAAAUGACAUCGUCGUUUAACGGAUGUGAAAUAACGGAUGGAACAAUGGAUGAAAGUAAUAACACACGCAUUUUGCUCACCUCACCACUUGCGCUGAACUUAACGGAGUGCAAGGUUGGAGGGAUAGAAAACUACCCGAACAGGCUCUUCGAAAUCACACAAGGUCUUCCGGGUUCAGCCACUGCCGAAAUAAAAGUGACUGUAGACGACGUUGACGACCAAAACCCUGUCUUCACCAGUGUUACGUAUAGGCUGGAUGUGGCUGAAAACAAUGCGUCGGCUAUAAACGUCUCGUUAGAAACAAUACCGCCACUGCAUGCCUACGAUCCCGAUUUUGGAAUUAAUUCCACAAUCAAGUACUCGAUCAAAAAAUCUCCUGAUUUGUUCUCGAUUGAUGAAAGUACCGCUGAAAUACACAUUUCUAAACUCCUUGAUUAUGAACAAACCUCUGAAUACACCGUCACGAUUGAGGCUUAUCAAGAGGACAGACCUAGUACACGGACCGCCCAGACCACGUUGAAUAUUUACGUGAUAGACGUUGACGACAACGGGCCAUACUUCAAACCGAACGUUGUAAACGUCACAGUGUUGGAAAACCAAUUGAACGGAACUCGGCUUCACGAAGUUAAAGCUUUAGAUAUAGAUACGGAAGAAAAAGGAUACAUAUUCUACACUCUGGCUGGUGAUGGUCCUUUUGAACUGAAGACAAUUGACAACCGAACCGCAGUAUUGGAAGUUAAUGGAAAGCUAGACCGAGAAACUAAAUCAUCGUUUGUACUUACUGUUAUACCUCGGUCUGUUCUGAACGAGGUGGGAAAGAACAAAUUAACAGUAAACAUCGAGGUUGCUGACAUCAAUGACAACAGUCCCGUGUUCAUCCAAGGUCUUUACCAUUUCAACAUUAACAACACCAUCAGUCUGUCCAAAGGAAUGACAAUCGGAGAAGUUACCGCGGAAGACAAGGAUACGGGAGAUAACGCUGAUAUUAUCUACACAAUUCUUAAGAAUGCAGUGAAUGUUCAUGACUGCCAGCAGUUUACGCUGCCCUUCGAUUUGGACUCUACAACUGGAAAAUUUGUUAUGACAGUGAGCGAUUUGCAUUGCGAAUAUUAUUCGCUCAUCGUGGAAGCUUGCGAUAACCCCGUCCCUAGCUUUCCAGCUCGACGUUGUGAAACCACAAGCGUAGAUAUUAAGCGUUUUGUAGCCGACGGUAUUCGGAAGUAUGUCAAGACGUUUGAUGUCAAGGAGAACGACCCAUGCAACGGCCAAGGUUUGAUAUAUGACAUUAUUCCAGAAAAGGCGAGGCUGGCAUUUAAUAUAUCCGACAAUGGAGACAUGUUAUUGACAGCAGCGGUGUUAGAUAGGGAAAAUAUCAGCUCGUACGCCCUCAUUAUAGAUGUGAAACAGGGUGGUGAUUUAAAGUGCGUAUACAAUAUCUCUGUCAAUGUGAUAGACGUCAACGAUAAUCCUCCUCUGUUUACAAGUGAAAAGAAUGUAUUCUACAUUACCCCUUCUACAGCUGAUGGGUCUAAAAUUGGAACCGUAAAGGCAGAGGACCAUGAUACGGAGGAGAAUGCACGAAUCAAUUAUUUCUUAACUGAUAAUGGGGCUUCAUUGUUCCAUAUUGACAAUCACACGGGAGACAUUUACGUGGACAGUCCAAGUUCGUUAGCGGAUAUAACAAAGUUGUACUUUACGGCAAUGGACAUGGGUACACCAUCUCUUCGAUCAACAGCCCUUGCAUACGUCGCACAUGGAGAUGAUGGCUUCGUUUCAAUCAAAACACCUUUAACUGUCGAACAACUUACACAACAACACAGUUAUUUUGAGCACCAACUUAGCCGGAUUUUAGGGUUGCCGGUGAACGUAAACAACAUUAUUGAGCUACAAAAUGACAAGCUCCACAAGUCACAGAUGAAACUGUCGCCUAAAGACGAAAGCAUCGACAAUUUUUUAUUCAUUAGCUACGUGUAUAACCACUUUGAAGAAAUUCGGUCCCUGAUGUAUACUACUGAACUAUUGGGAGGUACCAAUUUUGGUGCGCCUGAAAUUGGCCUUAUUGUCAUGGCAGUGGUCAUUCUUAUUGAAACAGCAGUUAUUAUACACAGACUGUUUGGCAAAAAAUUGACACAGGUAAGUCCCAGUUUUGAGGUGCAGGAAAUCAGCACCGAGCUGACCGAAGAUGAACAUAAUGAAGAAAUGGACCCGGACAAUAAUCAAACUACGUCCAGCAGAUAUAAUGAAGAACAAGUAGAGUAGAUACAGCGUCCCAACAACAAAGUUCCUGAACAUUAAACCACAUUUGGUGAUUUUUCAUUGGAACAGAAUAAUCAAACUCAUUUUUGAGUGUAUAUUGUUUUAUUACUGUUAUAAUGUGUUCUUUAUUGAAACUUAUAAUGUCAAAAGAAACUGGCGUGCGUGUUUUGAACAUAGACGAGUUGUCGCAUAUAAAGUUAUAUAUUCACUCGAACUAUUUGCAAUAUUGUAUGAUACAUUGAUAGACAUAUAGUGAAAAAGAAUUUAGUAAUACAUAAAAACACAUACCAUAAACGUUUUGUAUGUAUGUGAAUUUUGGAUGUUCUGUGACCCCAUAUUAUAUUGGUAUCUUGUGAAAUAAUUUCGCGUGUAAAAUGGAAAAUGUAAGAAAUAUACUCACAGUAGUGUAACAAAACUUUUUUCCAACUUUGAAGAUUGCAAAACAGGUAUUUUUACGUCCGGCACCAGUUGAAAUAAUAAUAAUUAUAAACCACGCAAACUUGUUAUAUCAUACACCGCUUAAACCUCCGGUGAAAUAAAUUAUGUGUAUAGUGUCUGUUUGUCUCCUUGUGUUU